CCCCAGGCUGCCUGGUCCCCAGCCUCUUGGCAGCUGCUCCGAGCCCAGCCCGGCGAGUGGCGCGCUCAUGGAGCACACGCACGCCCACCUCGCUGCGAAUAGCUCGGCUUGCGGCUUGGGCUUCGUGCCGGUGGUCUACUACAGCUUCUUGCUGUGCCUCGGGUUGCCAGCAAAUAUCUUGACAGUCAUUAUCCUCUCUCAACUGGUAGCCAGGAGACAGAAGUCCUCCUACAACUAUCUUCUGGCACUUGCUGCUGCUGAUAUCUUGGUCCUCUUUUUCAUCGUCUUUGUGGAUUUCCUGUUAGAAGAUUUCAUUCUGACCAUGCAGAUGCCUCCGAUCCCUGACAAGAUCAUAGAAGUGCUAGAGUUCUCCUCUAUCCACACUUCUAUUUGGAUUACGGUCCCCUUAACAGUUGACAGGUAUAUCGCUGUCUGUCACCCACUCAAAUACCACACAGUUUCCUACCCAGCCAGGACCCGGAAAGUCAUUCUGAGUGUUUACAUCACCUGCUUCCUGACCAGUAUCCCCUACUACUGGUGGCCUAACAUCUGGACCGAAGACUACAUCAGCACCUCCAUGCAUCAUGUCCUUGUCUGGAUCCACUGCUUCACCGUGUACCUGGUGCCCUGCUCCAUCUUCUUCAUCUUGAACUCAAUCAUUGUGUACAAGCUUAGAAGAAAAAGCAAUUUCCGACUCCGUGGCUAUUCCACAGGAAAGACCACUGCCAUCUUGUUUACCAUUACUUCUAUCUUUGCCACCCUCUGGGCCCCCCGAAUUAUCAUGAUUCUCUACCACCUCUACGGAGCACCCAUCCAGAACCCUUGGCUGGUCCACAUAAUGUUGGAUGUUGCCAACAUGCUGGCCCUUCUGAACACAGCCAUCAACUUCUUCCUCUACUGCUUCAUCAGCAAGCGCUUCCGUACCAUGGCAGCUGCUACACUCAAAGCCUUGUUCAAGUGCCAGAAGCAGCCUGUACAGUUCUACACCAACCAUAACUUUUCCAUAACAAGUAGUCCCUGGAUCUCACCAGCAAACUCACACUGCAUCAAGAUGCUGGUGUACCAGUAUGACAAACACGGAAAGCCUAUAAAAGUAUCCCCGUGACCCCACAGGGCUGGCACUUGUGCCUCUGUGUAAUCUGUUUCCAGAUGAGAGGGUAUCCCAUCCUCUGGCUGAACAGCUCUCCUUAAGAGUGCUAACCUGAUUUCCAAUCUCCACAGACUGAGCAGCUCUCAGACUGGCAGAUGAGAAGAGACGGAAGAGAAGAAAGGAGAGCAUAUAUCUUGGUGUUUGGGUUUUUUUUUUUUCUUUUUUUAUGCACUUAUUUUCACAAAAUCACACUGACGGCCAAAGUUCCUGUUGGCU